AGAGGGGAGCAACAGAAACAGACACUUGCCAGAUUUUGUACUAGCUGACAUUUCAGGAUGUCCCCCACCCCAAAACCAAGAGUCCUCUAAUGUGGAGGCAGAAAUGUGGCAAAUGUGGGCCCCCUUGCAUUGGCAUUGGGAUGCUGUGGCCAGUGCCAAGCAAAAGAGCUGCCGGGAUGGCAGUCCGGUCUUUCCAGGCCCACUUCCAUGGGGCAGACCAGGCUUUGUGUGACUGCUAGAGAAUGAUUGUGUUGUCCAGUCAGUUGCUUUUACUCUGUCAGUUGUGGAUGCAGUGAGUUUGCCUUUCUGUUUCUUAGUGGAAAGCGUUGCCCUGAUCCAGAGAGAUGCUGCACCUGACACGGGACCAGUGGGCAAUGGGUGGGCAGUGGCAUAGUGUCCCCCACUCGCAUUCCAGGAUUUGAAGACAUGCUGGAGGAAGCAGUUUUACCAAGCAAGCUCUGAUGGUGUGGGAGGCAGUUGCUCUCAGGCCAUUUUUUCCAUCAAAACGUUCAGUUGGUUCAGCUGCCUCAAGAACCGUGGCCAGGAUCUGGUGGAGAAUCUGAAAGAGUUGUAGGGGCCGCAGCUGCAAGGAUGCCGUCUUUCCAGCCUCUGCAGCUACCCCACAUCUGGGACCUUGGCCUGGAGGGGACGUUCCUCAAUGACGUGCUCUACAAGAAGGCCACCUUCCUCAACCUGGUGGACCCCAUCUCCCAUGACCUCCUGAUGAGCCUGGCCAUGGACCUGCAGUGCCCCAAAAAGGAAUAUGAUCCGUGGAAAUCCUCCGACCGGAUCUGCCGGCAACUGAUCUACCACUUGAGUCCACAUUCCAAAUGGCAUCAAUCUGGGCUGCCCCAUCACAAAUCCCACAGCAGUCUGAAGAGCAGCCUGCAGAAGAAGCUCAGCCAGGAAGCCAUCCAUCUCUCCGGGGUCCCUCUCUCCCCACGCGACAUCCAGCAUCUGGCCAGCUACCUGCAGGACAGUGGGGACCACCUUCUCACCGUCGACCUGAGUUUCACCGACCUGAAGGAUGAGGAGAUGCGCUUCCUGAUGCCUUUCCUGUGGUCGCUGCCCAGCCUCACCCACCUCUCCCUCAAUGGGAACCACUUGACCCGAGCCACUGUGAAGGACCUCACCGACACCAUGAAGGACAUGGCCAAAUUUCCCUCCUUAGCCUGGAUCGAUCUGGGCAACAACGUGGAUGUCUCCUCCAUGCCGCAGCCUCUGCUUGUUGGCCUACGGAAGCGACUCAGCCAGCAGACCACGCUGCCCACCAUUUACGAAUCCUUGGGCUGCACUUCCGAGGCAUCCAGCGAGCCUGAGACCAGCCUGCUGGAGGAGGAGGAAGAUUUGCAAGGGGAAGAGGAGAUCCCGCCAGUGGCCAAGCACCGCUUCCACCAGCAGUCAUGUGAAAGGUGACUGGAGGUGGAGGUAUCCUCUAGAAGACUGAAACCACUGCAGUGGAAGCUCUGAUGGAAGAGAUGCCGCACCAGGCCUCACCUGCCCACUUCCUUGAGCCCUUCCUAACUUUUCUGACUUGCUCCCCUUACCCCGUCCUCUUCCUCCUAGCCGGGUUUUCUCACAUGCACCAAAUCAGGCCAGUUACUUACCAUGAUGCCACAAAAGGAGACCAUCCGGAGAUGCAGGGGGUGGCUGUUGUGGGGAGGCGCAUGGAGCAAGCCAGCCCUGGGCCCAUCCUUUCCCAGCUGUGCUGGGUCCACAGGCCCAGAGAGCCGUGAGAGAAUGACAUGGAAAGACUGAAUGGAGGCCGAGACAGCACCAGGAUGGCACAGCUCGCCUCCUCCCCCUCCUCCCCUCUGAACAAAGGGUGGCGGAAUGUGAGGCAUGCCGGUGUCUGCAGCCCAGACAUGUGACUGAUGGCACUGCAGGAACUCAAGGGCAGCUGGACAUGGGUUGUGCAGGUGUUUGUCAGGGGGGGGGAGGCUGUUUGAAGCAUCCCCUUCCCCCCGUGUGUUUCUGCUCUUCGUGGACGUCUGCAUUCAAAGGCCUCUGUGCUUUCUGCUAUCGGGCUGGGUUGGGAGCUCUGCUUUAUGCCCAGGAGGAAACAGUAACCUGGGCAAGCCCAGUUCAGCAGAAAUACCUUAGGGUGUGUGAUUUGUGAUAGUAAAUGACUUUCAUGGAGAGGAUGAAAACAUUGUUCAGCACUUUGUUGGGCAAUUAUUUGGCAGAGCUGCAGAAGCCUUGUGUUCUCUAGAAACUCCUGUUGAGAUGUUCCCAACCUGUUUCUUCAUUCUGGGUGUUCCCUCCUUUUGCCACCAUUUCAUUCAAAAGGAAGAAUGUGCACAUUUUCAACUGUGCCUUGGUGCCAGAGAAGAGCUUUUCUCAUCCAUCUAGUACAAGGAUGCUUGGAUUUAACAUCUCUUGCAAGGAAGACCAGCAACCUUCCUUCAUGGAGAAAGGAGAAAUUGGCUCUCCUCCAUUUAAUAAUAGAAAAAAGCCUCUCCCCCAUAAUCAAUCUGGGGUAUAUUAGACACAAGUGGGCUUGCAAAAUGCAUCAUUCAAUUAGAGAUUAAUAUCUGUGGCUCAGACUCGAGAGAGAAAACAGGACACUCUGAAGAAUCUUUUAAGACAAAAUGAACUCCCAGAGAACUUGGGCCAUGUGAUGAGGAUUCAAAGCACCCUUUCUGCUCCUGGUUGGUUUCAUUACAAAGUGUGGCCAUUUAUGCACACCUUUGGGGUUCCUUCCACACAAGCCCCCUUUUGGAAUCCAUAUCCUGUAGAUAAAAAACUUUUAUGAUGCAAAUAAAGUCUCUCUCUCCCCCUCAAAAAUGCAAUUUUCUAAGCCUUGGGCAGCCAUUCUUGAACACCUGAAAGGCUUAUUAGAAGUCUCUGAUAAUAAUUUAAGAGAUUGGGCUUCGAGGGGAGGAGCUGCCGCCGUCGGGAGCUUAAUAAAGCUCCUGCCAGG